UAAAAGCACAAGGUCUGUCAGUGUGUUUAUUUACUCACAGGGAGGAAGGGUAGGAACUACACAGGCUUACAUACUGAGCCGCCAUGUCUGCCUGGGGAUCUCUCUAUGUAUUUGCCUCCAUCCUGUGCUGUAUUGUGGUGAGAGCCCAGCAAGCAGCCCAACUGUGUGACCAACCUGAGCUGCAGAACGGAGAGUUCCGGUACUGGUACUCAUUCCCGUUAUCUACAUUUAGAGCGAUUGAGUACAACUGCUAUGAACAUUAUGUUCCACUCAACAAGACCAAUGAUAAUGACACAUACGGCGUAGCCAGAUGUACUGAGAAUGGAUGGGACCCACGGGCCAAGUGUUUGGGAAAACCAUGUCUCGAGGCGCUGGCGGUGGAGAAUGCACGUAUUAUAGAAGAAAAAUACAACUACAGGGAUGGCGAAAAUGUAAAGUAUGUGUGUAAUACUGGCUACAGGAUGGCUGGAAACGGUGAAGCGCAGUGUCUGAACGGUCAGUGGAUGGACAUCCCUACCUGUAUCUCUACAUUUUGUGGACCUGCCCCUACAGUGGGGAACGCAAGUGCUCAUUCGCAGAAGGAUAUUUACCAGUCUUCGGAGAAAGUGGUGUAUGAGUGUGACGGCGGUUUUGUUUUUCACAAAAGUAAUGAAGCUCUUUGUAAAAAUGGUCAGUGGAUAGAGAUCCCUGAAUGCGGAAAGGAAGGAGAAAGCUGUGGGCCCCCUCCAGCGGUGCAGUUUGGGGACCUCUUAUCAGAAACACAGGCUGUCAAUCCACAUGGCACCGCGUUGAGUUAUAAGUGCCACCAUUUGUUUAAGCUUGAAGGAACUGGGCAAGUUACAUGCAGAAAUGGAAAAUGGGUCGAUCCUCCAGUUUGUUUAGAGCCGUGUAUUGUUUUAGAUGAACACAUGAAAGCAAACAAUAUCAGUUUGAAAUGGGUUGAGGUUAAUACACUGUCGGCUCGGCACGGUGACUGGAUUGGGUUCCGCUGUUUAGACGGAUAUGGGAUAUCUGAUGAGGCGCUGCUAAGGGUGCAAUGCAUUAAGGGCACAAUCGAUUAUCCUACCUGCACACUAGAGCUGUGCAUCAUUUUAGAGCAACACAUGAAAGCCAACAAUAUUAAGCUGAAAUGGCUUGACCUUAAUAGCCUGGUGGCUCACCGCUGGGUUGAGUUUAAGUGUUUAGACGGAUACAAGAUUUUUAAAGGAAAACAGCUACGAGUCCAGUGUAUUAAUGGGGCAAUCAUUUAUCCUAAUUGCACUAAAGUAGGGCAGGGAGAGAGCUGUGGGAAGCCCCCAGAAGUGUAUUAUGGAGAAACAUUGGAGCAGCAAAUGAAGUCACAUGAUCAUGGCUCUGUAAUGACCUAUCAGUGCCCGGAUUAUUAUAUACUACAAGGAAACGUAAAAGUGACUUGUUGGGAGGGAAGAUGGGAGGAGCCACCAGUUUGCAUGGAGCCAUGCACCAUUGCUGCUAAAGACAUGGAAGAAAACAAUAUCAGACUGAUGUGGAAGGACUCCAGCAAACUGUACUCUACACAUGGAGAUACCAUUGAAUUUACCUGUUUGGAUGGAUAUAGAAUAUCUGACAGCAAAUCAAUGAGGACAAAGUGCAACCGAGGUGUUGUCUCUUACCCAAACUGCACCAAACAAGGCUGACUUGAAAGUGCUGAUUGCCUAGGUUGCCAGGUUUAUAGGUAGAUCUUCUUUCCCAAGCUGAGAUUCAUGCUGUAUUCUGAAGUCAUAUCACCCUAGUAAUACAGCAAACUUCAUUUAAAAACUAGCAUUCUAACUAACAUUUUUGACCAAUGGCACAAAGCAUUUGUUGUGAUUGGUGGAGGAACAAUUCUAUGUUGACCACAAGGACACCCUGGAUCUUUGUAGAGUGUAAGCUCUUUUGGGCAGGGCUCUCUUCACCUCUUGUAUCGGUUACUGAUUGCUUUAUAUGUUACU